AUGUCUGAGCUACCACCAUCGGUGGAGGGUCAAAUCAAUGGAGGUGGAGGGGGGCCUUUGGUGGGUGUUCCGGUAGAGGCUGAAGUGGUGGCUCCACCAAAACGGCAGCGUAGGCCAAGCGUUCGACUAGGCGACAUCGGAGAUCAACAUAUAUAUGAUAAUCAACGAAGAACCAAGCAACAUCAAUGGAAGUUUUCAUCUAAGGAAUCCAAAUCUUCGAAAACCCGGCCCCUCGUAAAUCUAACAACCGGCGGUGGCGCUGUUAACGGAGAAUUACAAGAUGUCGUUGAAGAUAAAGAUGGAGGAAAUGUGAAUCAUCUUAAUAUGAACAAUGGUAACAAUAAUAAUACUAACGGUUUGAUUGGGAGUUGGAAAGCUAGGGGUUGUUCGAAAUCAAAAAAGGGGUUUUCUGCAACAAAACGUGUUAGAUCCAAUUGGGGAUCGAAAAUGGACGAAGGAGAUGAGAAAUUUGAUGAUGCGGACGAUUUCGAAUAUGAUGAUGAUCAGAGUUUGAAUUUUUCGAUGGAUAACGAAAUGGAAUUGGAUUACGGUGGUGGGAAUAGAGGUAAAGAAACUAGGGUUAGGGUUUCUGAUGGACCUUCUGAUACUGAUGCAAGAAAUUGGAACAAUAACCAUCCAGAAAGGAAUGGAGUUAGGGUUUGGUUGAAUCAAUUAGGUUUGGGAAGGUAUGCUCCAGUUUUUGAAGUACAUGAAGUUGAUGAUGAAGUUUUGCCAUUAUUGACAUUAGAGGAUCUUAAAGAUAUGGGAAUAAAUGCAGUAGGAUCACGGAGAAAAAUGUUCUGUUCGAUUGAAAAACUCGGUAAGGGGUUCUCAUGA